UCCACCAGGGCUGCUUUCAGAUGAUGAUGAGGAUGCUCAGAACUAUUCUUUGGACUGAAAUGGAUUUGUUUUGGAAAACAUUUUUCAUUUAGAAGCCCGGACACCGCGUCUGACAACUUUUUCCCCCCACAAAUUGAUCUCGCGCACAUAAGGACACUAUUAAAAUGGCUAAACUGUUUCCUGAUGCUCUUUUGCUAAUUGUGAGUUUGGUAAACAUUUUCACCGUGGAUACGUCGUUUUCCAGUGCAGGAGACUUGCACUCAUCUCCAGUCUUCUCUGGUGGUUCCAGCAGUGUUGGAAAUCAGCAGAAAGAAGCAGAGCUCGUUCCAGCAUCACACGCUCGCACAAGAUCCAAGCGCUGCACUUGCUACUCUUUCAAAGACAGAGAAUGUGUUUAUUACUGUCAUCUGGGCAUCAUCUGGAUCAACACCCCACAACGUACAGUUCCAUACGGCAUGUCAAGUUACCGCAGCCCUCAGAGAUUAAGACGCUCCAGCGGGACAACAGCAGUGGUUCUUCAUCGCUGCACAUGCACAGACCAAAAUGAUGCAAAGUGCUACAACUUCUGUGAUGCAAGCUCCGAGAAUGUGUCAGACGGAAGAUUGAGAGGACGUUCACCUUGGUAAGACCGCUGGCUUCUUGUCACAUCUCCAGCCUUAGAAAUCAGGACUGAUGAUCAGCAUCAAACCGGGCAUCUAAAUAGGUACAGGUUUUGGAUUUUUACAGAUUUGGAGCAAAAGCUACCCCACAUUCCUCGGCGUGUUAUAUUUCCUGGAACGUCCUUGACUCAUCUGGUCCACGGUAACAAGUGAAUUCCUUAGUAAACUCUUUGCAGAUUUCGGAAGCAUAUCUAUGUGGGACGCACGUCCUUGCUUCAAGGGUUACGUCCAGUUGACUUUACACUGACAUUUUAACAAAUGCAAAUACUCAGUGGACGUCCUUGGAUUCGGGAGCCUUGCAGGACUGGAAUCUGAUCUUUAAAGUACACUCUGCAUUAUCUCCACUUUGUGGGCAGAUUUUCAGACGGAUGAAGUGAGUCUUGAAUUCUUCACUUUGCCUGAUAGCGGAAAAUAAUAUGUUCAACGUUUUUAUUGUGAAUGAACUGAGAAAAAAAGACUCGAGCCAGAUUAACCGCUGCAAUUUCUUUUAACCUCUUAAACAUAUCCUUCCUAGUUUUGCUCACUCAAGCAAAAUGUUUUCCCUCUGCACAACAAGUUUUGACGUUUUAUUUUCUCCAGAGCUUAAAUGUGAUUAUUCAUGCAUGAAAUAAUGGGUCCUUUGAGACAAGUACUAAAAGCUGAGUACUACACUACAUGGUCUAACAUCAUAAUAAUAUACCAAAUGCUAUACUAAACAGACCUGAGAGGUUACAGCAUUUAGUUAAAUCCCCAUUUUUAAGGCAAGACACCCCAGGUAAUAGGUUAAAAGUUUAGAUUUAUAGAUAAUCCCAAACUCAUGCCAGUUUAUUGGUUACAUCAAAGGAGAUUUGUACCACCCCAGUUCUGAAAAGAUUGAGACACUUUGAAAAAAGGGAUAAAAUAGGAAUUAGUACUCACUGGAACCUUAAUUUUUUGACAAAGUACAAAGAAAAUAUUUCCAGAAUAUGCAUUGACAUGUAUUUUGCAAAUGUAAAAAACUUUGACUUUGAUGGUGGUACACAGGCAAAAUAAAAGUGAAAAGGUUUUUACUGUAGAAUAUCAAAACUAAACUGUUUCUGAACAAAAUUCACAAAAGCAGGCAAACUGAUAACAAGUUGCAGAUUUUGCAAUCAGUUAUGGCCCAUAGACUGUGAAAACUGAAGUUGUCUACAUUCUCUACAUUCAUUUGAUUGAACAAUGCUCAGAAUUUACUUUUUAUUUAAUUAUUUUAAUUCAGCUGCUCAAAACAGAGGCACAUGGGGAGCAUAAACAGCAUUUAAUCACUUCAGUCAAUUCAGCAUCCAACACUGCAAAAUAAAAACAUUAGAAUGUCCCCAAAACACAACUGAAGCAUGCACCAGAGGGUGUUUAGAAGUGGGUAUAUGCAAUGGCGAAUAUUAAAUGGCUAUAUCCUCUACAACACUACUGCCAAAAAUCAUUGCAAAGUAUUUCAGGGUUUUUUCCACCAACUACCAAAUGUAAUAUUGUGAAAAGCAUUAGGGAAUCUAAAGAAAGCUCAGUCUGAAUGUGCAAGACAUUUACUCCCUCAGAUGGUACUGCAUAAGGAAAAGAGUCUGUGGUGUUAAAUAAAGUUAAUGGUCUCAAGAGUUCUUCAGAAGACUUCUUUCAAUUAACACAGUCUGCCACUGCAUAUAGAAAUGCAUCUUAAAUCUUUGUUACCCAUGGAGAAAGAUAUGUCAGGUCUGCGCAGUGAGUUCAGCAUAUUCUCUGAGCCAGAGCUCAUCGUGGAUAAUCAAGACAGACAGUGCAAAUGUUCAGAUGCAGAGCGACCCAAGGCAUAAGUAAACUAAGGGGCUGCAUGACCACAAGUGAACAUUUCAGUUCACUUUAAGAGGUCUUUCUGAGUUGUGUCAGGAACCAACAAAUAGGGAUUUUCUAAGGGCGCGUGUCCACCGAAUAGUUUUUUUGAACUGCACAAAUGCAAAUACUAUUCUUAAAACACUCAGCUGUGAGCUUAAAGUGCUAGUUCUGUGCAAUGCUUCCAGCAUUUUAAAAAUGUAGCACUUCCAUUGACAACAAAUUUUAAAAAGCAGCGCUCAUGAUUCUGCACUGCAAAAACACUUAAGAGGACAAGCACACUUUGAAGAUCAAUAACUCUGGCAGCAUCCGAACUACUCAGUAGGUAGUACAUUUGAAUUUGAAUUUACUACACGACCAUUCAAUUCAUCUUUAUUUCUAUAGCGCUUUUACUAUGUAGAUUGUGUCAAAGCAGCUUAACAUAGAAGCUUAUAGUUGAAUUGAAACUGUGUCAGU